UUCCCACAGCAGCAUGUGGGACGAGCCGCUCAUAUCCUUCGUCAAUCCCCCGAUCCUCUCCAGCCCGUUUACCUCUAAAGAAGCCUGCGAAGCCACUGACACAUUUCGUCGAACACCUGAUCAACCCUCGCCCCACCAUCACCGACCGGCGUCCGCCAGUAGAAGCCACAGCCACACUCUCUUGUCCGCGUGACAUUUCGCCAGGGGCUACGUGGCAUUCUUCUAAGCUUCCUCGUGCCGCUGAGCGUCAUUCCUACCCUACCGCUCCUCCAUCUUCAACCCAGAACUGUUAAUCAUUCAAAUCACUGAUCUGCCCGAAAAAGAACGAACAGAUGCACCGGUUGAGGUCACCUUUCCGGUUCCGCAGGUCCAUCGCGUCUAGUUACUUGACCCUCCGCCGUAACCACCAUCUACACGACCUCGAGAAUGUCGGGUCGAUGGCCUCCCGGCUCAAGACCCGGUCCGUGAUCAGGUUCAGCGGCCCGGACACGAUCAAGUUCCUUCAGGGCCUAUUGACCAACGACGUGCGGCGGUUCGGUGAAACCCCUGGCGAGGAGACUUCGAACCUGCCCACGCCCAACCUGCCCCUGCUCACGGUCCCUCCAAUGUAUGCCGCUCUAUUGACUCCUCAGGGGAGGUUCUUGUAUGAUCUGUUUCUGUACAGGCCCGCGAGGCCCGAAGAGAAGCUCGACAAGACUGGGUCCGGACCCAGGUCCGAUGACGGGGAGCUCGAGCUGCUCGCGGACGUGGAUGCGCAGGUCUUGGACGAGGUUGUGCAGACUUUCAAAAGAUACCGAUUGAGGGCAAAAGUGGAUAUUGAAAAUGCGGCCCAAGAUUUUUCUCCUUGGCAGCAUUAUGGUGGUAACUUCUCUCACAAGUCCUCAAAAGCGGAGGAGCCAGAUGCUGCUAGUGUUGGCUGGGGUGCUGGCGUUGACAAAGCUGCUAUGUCUGCUUCACAAGGAAGUGAAAACGGGUGGCAAUGGUUCAAAGAUCCUAGAUUAGACUGUCUGGGUUGUAGAGGAAUAUUUCCAUCUUCUUCAAAACCUCCUUUGGUUGAAGCAGACAAAGAAACAGAUGAAAAAAAUUAUCUUCUGUGGAGACUAGAGAAGGGGGUGGCAGAGGGCUCAACAGAGAUUCCCAAAGGAGAGGUAAUUCCACUAGAAUACAAUCUAGAAGGUCUUAACGCUAUAAGCUUCGACAAGGGUUGCUACGUUGGGCAAGAAUUGAUUGCUCGAACCCAUCACCGAGGUGUCAUCCGCAAACGUUUGCUGCCUUUGAAAUUCCUUAACGAUGAAGGAAAAGAAGCAGAGCAGAAAGUAGCUCCUAGAUCAGAAAUCCUGGAUGCUGCUUCUGGCAAGAGAAUCGGAACAGUCACAACCACUCUGGGAUGUCGAGGUCUCGGUGUAUUACGGUUGGAAGAAGCUCUAAAAAAGUCCACUUCGCUUACCAUACUUGGGCAAGAGGAUCUCAAGGUUGAGGCAAUUAAACCAGAUUGGUGGCCUCCGGAAUGGUUUGAAGAGCAACGACAGCACAGUGCAGUUGCUUAAAUUUUCGUGGUGCUAAUCACUUGUACUCUUCACCUUUUUGUCGGUAACAACUGUCCUUUUAAAGCUGUUUUUGUUAGUAGGAGAAAAGACCCGUCCGACAAAAUGUGUAUCGAUAGCCUUAGGAUUGUAAUUUAUUCCACAAACUCCGAUUCAGAAUAAUUGCGAAGGAAAUAGCAAUUUUCAAAUCUUCAAGAGAAACAGAGGAUUCGGUUGAUGAGCCAGUUGA